UGUUCAACUCAUUUGUUUCCAAAAUAAUCUUGUGUUUUUGGGAUAUCAUCACAUUAACAUGGCUUCAGAAUUUAAUCUAUCCCCUUCAGAUGCACACCCUGACUCAAUGGAUUUCCUUUCACUUGCUUGGUGUAACUUUGCUGUACAGGCUCUGAAGCCUGAGCCACAACAUGGAUCACUUGUUCUACUUGAUAACCCUAUGAAACAAUUCGAGCCUAGUAGCCCCAUGGCUCUUCCUACGAGUGCUAGAAUGGAUGAUGCUGAUUUCAGGUCUAUACCUCCAUUGAAGUCUAAUGAUCUUAAGUCAUGGAUAUGGAUGCAGCAAGCAAUGCACCCUGAAUUAAAUUACAAUAGCAGUUUACGAAAAAAAUGGAUGCCAUGGAAGCAGAUAUUACCACUGAAAAGUAUGUCAAUAAAGAAAUGGUUUAAGGAAGUAAAGCUGAAGAAGAAAGAAGAACAAAGAUUGCAAAGAGCAGAGGUGCAUGCAGCAAUGUCCAUUGCAGGAGUUGCAGCAGCACUUGCUGCAAUUGCUUCUGAAAAUUCAAAAAAAGAGUCAAAUGAAGAUAGAGAGAAAGCAAUAGCCUCUGCUGCUGCUUUGGUAGCUGCUCAGUGUGCAAAAGUAGCUGAAUCAAUGGGAGCUAAGAAAGAGGAUCUUAGAAGUGUUAUUGGCUCAGCCAUGAAUGGCACAAGUGCUAGUGAUAUCCUAACUCUCACUGCUGCAGCUGCAACAUCAUUAAAAGGAGCAGCCACACUUAAAGUAAGAUCAGGAUCAAGGAACAGAUUGAAUGGGGGAGCCCCCAUCUUGCCUAUUGAAGACAACUACGAUUUGGAUUUUGACUUUGAAAAAGGAAGAUUGAUUCUUGCACAGGGUGCUGAGUUAUAUGUGGAAUCACCAGAAGGGAAGUACAUGCCAAGAACAGUGUCUAUAAUCCUCAACAGUGAAGCAAAGGUUGUACUCAUGAUGAGGAAGCAUAAUCUGCUAAAAAGCAAGAAGGAGUGUAUUGUAAUGAAUAUGCAUGCGGAGCUGUAUAAAGGUUCAGAAACCGAGGAUGAUACAUGUUAUCUGAUUGUUUUGGCAACAAGAAAAGGCACUUUCAAGCUAGACAUGGUGGAUGAUCUUCGUCGUUACAAGACAUGGGCCACUACCAUCAAUCAUAUGCUCAAGAUUUCUACUUCUUUUGCAAAAUAUGAGCUCCAAUUUUACUGAAAUAACCAUGUUAUUAUGAUCACUAGUACUUUAUAACUUAUGUAUUCAUUUGCAUCUUUAAUCUUAUAUAUUUGCAAAAACUAUUAUUAAAUUAUGUAUUAUUCCUAUUAUUAAAUUUGAACAAUCAGUGAUCUACCUUUCAAGUAAGAAAAAAAAAAAAAUUGUUCACGUUGGAGAUCACAUUGACUAUUGAUAUGGACAAAGUAGUGGUUAUAUUUUAAGUGACAA